AUGGCAGCUCUGCCAGCCGACUACAGCCGCAAUGGCGCACCGCCCAUCUACGAUCGCUACAAGCUGGCCAAGGAGAGGCCCAAGUUUCGAGGCUGCUGGACGGCUGCCGUUGCCGACCCCACCGUCCGCUCCUUCGUGCCUGUCGCCUCCACCGCAGUGCCCAAGGCCGCCCCCCGCCCUGCCGCCGUCCCCAGGGCCGCUCCCGCCCCCAAGCCUGAGCCGAAGCUGGUCGAGGUCCCGACGUCGGGCGUGCGCCUGAAGAUCCUGGACCGCUGCCGCGACCUUCGUUCCUUCAUCACCGACGACGGCACCUGCACGGACAAGUACGGUCGCGUCAUUGGUUACAUCAACUUCAACGAGUGGACGGUGGGCGGCCCGGACGAGUCCUUCUGGGGCAGUCUUCUCGAGGAGCAGAUCCUCGACAAGGACGACAAGCAGAUCGGCGAGGUCGACUUCGGCCGUGCCUGGGUACGAGACCAGGUCGGCAACACGGUGUGCGAGAUGGAGAACACGGGCGAGUGCAAGGGACACGAUUGCUCCUUCAUCGGCCAGUUCGAAGGCUUCACGUUCCACGAUCUCAAGGCGGUGGCGCUUUACCUGAUCAUUGUCGAUCCGCUCAUGUACAACACUGUGGCGGGCUAA